CCCGACAAGAGACGUCGGAUCGCUCAAGCUUGCGACAAUUGCAAACGCAGAAAGGAAAGAUGCGAUGGCAGCCGACCGUGCAGCAUCUGCAUCCGACGACGAAGGGAAUCCGAAUGCCACUUUUCCGAGACGCCUGCUAGAUUGCUCCGACCCCAGAAUAAUGUCAACAAUCACAUCGGCAGUCCUGGAGAUGCCAUUCAGGCUUCUCCUUCGGUUCACGCGGCGAGAAAUCAUUCCAAUUCUCGACCUGAAUCUGUGGCACCGGUACCUAGAUUGGCGAGACUCCUCCGAGAUACUCAUGGCAAGUUCAUGUAUGUCGGCGACUCUGCCAGUCUGUCUUUCGUGCAGAGUGUCAGACGUAUGGUCGUAUCCGCCAUUGGCGACUGUGAUUUUACCAACGACCCACUACGGCAUCAGAUCAUUGAAACAACGCCACCGACUUCUACACUACUACCAGAUAUGUCGCCUUUGGUCUUGGAUCUCGAAGAAUGCAAGCAAUUGUCUCGACAUUACCUUCUUGCCACUACCGGCCUCAUCGACCUUUUCGACAUUCCCACCUACUUCCGUCAUCUCGACAAUUGGGUUGUCAACCAGACUCGCGACAACGAUGUCAAGUCCUCAAUCUUCUACAUGGUCCUUGCGAUUGGUGCGCAAGUCUCUUCACCAGAUGGCGACCAGACACUUGCUGAGAAGUAUUUUAAUCGUGGUAGGCAUAUGGCCGUCAUGACAUUCACCGAUGCGCCCAGCCUCUUGACGAUACAAGCCUAUCUUUGUAUUACCAUGUACAUGCUUGGAGCUUGCCGGAGGAACGCCGCAUUCAUGCAAUUCGGUAUCGCAGUCAGAGCUGCGUUUGCGCUGGGUAUGCACAAGAGUAGUACUCAUGCACUUUUCGAUGAGACCGAAGCUGGAGCAAGGCGUAGAAUCUGGAAGAGUGUUCGCGUGCUGGAUAUAUUCCUCAGUGCGUCCCUAGGAAGACCACCGGCUACAUCGGAUCUGUCAAUGGAGAAAGAUAAGGAUGUUGUUGACGAAACGGCGCAAGGACUGACAUCUACGGACCCCUUCUCGAGCAAGGUGCUUGCUCUAUGUGACAUCUUUGAACGUAUCAUCAUUGAUGUCUACAUGAAGAAGGCAGUCUCUACCCGACUCGCAGACUCAAUAUCUGGCCAAUAUCGUGACUGGACAAGUGAUUUACCAGAGUCAUUACAGCUGGCAAAUCUCGACUCCAGUGAGGACGAUCCGGAGAAAUUGUCCAAGGUACUGGCCGCCAGCUACAUCAUAAGCUCAUACCACUGGUCAAUCAUCCUGCUUACCCGCCCAUUCCUCACAUUCCAGAUAAUCAAAGACAUGAGCCGAUCCGGCCAGAAUCUAGAAAUGAGCGACCAAGUUGACCAAUCCUCCAUCAAAACUUACGCCGACGCCUGCGUAGACUCCUCUCUUCGCUGCCUCAACAUUGCGCAAACACUGAUGCGAUACUCGUCGCUCCCACACAGACUACCGUUUAUCAUAAACUCAGUCUGCAAUUCUGCUCUCGUCCUCGGCGCCGCCACCUUCGCCGACCAAGACAAAUUCCUUCCUCUCGAAGACGGGCUUAAACAAGGAAUACACAUCCUCAAUCAUUUUGCACAGUGGGAUCCUCAUGCUGUUCGGUAUGCUCAGAUAGUCACUUACCUACAAGACGCUACUGCACAGUAUAUUCGCCAACGAAGUCAGAGGUCUAUGGAAUCUCGCCGCAGCAAUGUCACCCGGCUCUUCGGC